AGUAGUCUUGUCAAGGACUUUCAGCAUGCUAGAUGGCAUUCAUACACCGACUGCACAACCACCGUGCAUGCACCGUAUGUGCACAACCAGCACACCGUUAAAGUCUAGCGCAUGAUCACAAACGAGGCAAAUUUUGGUUAGCCGCCCAUGAUUCAGUCAUACUACUGAGUUUUCUUUUGUCCAAGAAACCAUGCCGGCCCUUCUGCUGCUCAUACUCCUGCUGCUGAGCCGUGGCGGCGAGGUGGCCUGGUCGCAGCUGGACGAUGGCCAGUUCGCCUACCAAGGCUUCGCCGGCGCCAACCUUACCCUGGACGGCCUCGCCGCCGUCAUGCCCGGCGGCCUGCUCGCGCUCACCAACUUCACGCAGCAGACAAAAGCCCACGCCUUCCACCCCGCCCCGCUCCGCUUCCUCGGCGGCUCGGUCAACGCCACGGCGGCGCGCUCCUUCUCCACGUGCUUCGUCUUCGCCAUCGUGUCGGGCUACGACGGUCUCAGCGACCACGGGCUCGCCUUCGUCGUCGCCCCGACCACCGACUUCACCACCGCCAACUCCGGCCAGUACCUGGGCCUCCUCAACUCCACGAACGGCACGGCCAGCGCCCCCAUCUUGGCCGUCGAGCUGGACACCAUCCUCAGCCCCGAGUUCCGCGACAUCAACAGCAACCACGUCGGCAUCGACGUCAACAGCCUCGUGUCGCGGCAGGCCCAGCGGGCUGGCUACUACGAUGACGACCGCGGCGGCGCCUUCCGGAACCUGACGCUUAACAGCCGCAACCCCAUGCAGGUGUGGGUGGACUACGACGGCCAGUCCAAGCGGCUCGACGUGACAAUAGCCCCCGUGCAGGUGCCCAAGCCCAGCAAGCCUCUGCUCUCCGAGGCCAUCGACCUCUCCACGCUCAUGGCGGACGCCAUGUACGUCGGCUUCUCGGCGUCGUCGGGAGUCAUCUCGGGGCAUCACUACCUGCUCGGAUGGAGCUUCAGCUUGGACGGGCCUGCCCCGCCGCUUGACUUCUCCAAGCUUCCUGCUCUGCCACGCCUGGGACCCAAGCCUCGGUCCAAGGUACUGGACAUCGUGUUGCCGCUGGCCAGCGCGUUGCUCGUCGCGGUGGCGCUGGCCGCGGUCUUCUUCUUUCUGUGGCGCCGGCGCCGGUUCGCCGAGGUGCGCGAAGGCUGGGAAGACGAGUUCGGCCCCCACCGAUACGCAUACAAGGAUCUGCAUCGUGCCACGGAUGGGUUCAGGGAAAAAAACUUGCUCGGCGUCGGAGGCUUCGGGAGGGUGUACAAAGGCCUGAUAUCCGAGUCCAAUUUGGAGAUUGCGGUGAAGAGGGUGUCGCAUGAAUCAAGGCAAGGACUGCGCGAGUUCGUCGCCGAGGUGGCGAGCAUUGGCCGUCUCCGGCACCGGAAUCUCGUGCAGCUAUUGGGCUACUGCCGGCGCAAGGACGAGCUUAUCUUGGUGUAUGACUACAUGUCAAAUGGCAGCCUUGACAAGUACUUGCACGAUCCAAGCCUGCCCGCCGUAUCUUGGCCUGAAAGGUUCUCAAUCAUCAAAGGGGUCGCGUCAGGCGUGCUGUAUCUCCACGAGGAUUGGGAGAAGGUUGUCAUCCACAGAGAUAUCAAGGCGAGCAAUGUGCUCUUGGAUGAACAGAUGAAUGGAUGCCUCGGGGAUUUCGGCCUCGCAAGGUUAUACGACCAUGGAACCGUUGCUCAAACAACCCAUGUUGUUGGCACCAUGGGAUACCUUGCACCGGAGCUUGUGCGCACCGGGAAGGCAACACCCUUAACCGAUGUGUUCGCAUUCGGUGUGUUCCUCCUUGAGGUUGCGUGUGGACGACGACCCAUCGAGCGCGGCGAGCGAAACAACCCUGUGGUGAUGAUUGAUUGGGUGCUUGAGCGCCACCGCAGUGGACACUUACUCGAGGCAGUGGAUCCACGACUAACAGAAAAGUUUGACACACAGGAGGUUACCCUCGUGCUACAACUAGGUUUGUUGUGCUCGCACCCAUUGCCUGAUGCAAGGCCUAGUAUGCGCAAGGUUAUGCAAUACCUAGAUCGUGGGCAGUCGGUUCCUGACUUGUCGCCGACUUACAUGAGCUACAGUAUGUUGGCGCUGAUGGAGAAUGAAGGCUUCGAUUCGUACGUUAUGUCGUACCCUCCAUCGGCGACUAGCAAUUCUACGGUGUCUUAUGGGUCUUCGGCGUCCGUUCUCGCCGAGGGCAGAUGAAGUUGUCCACAUGUAUUCAACUUCUUUUUGGUGUUUCAUUUAGAAGAAGAAGCUUAUCUCCGAGGUCGGGUAAUAAUUAACACGUUGUUGAUAUGAUUUGUGAUCCUAGCUAGCUCGAGCUGGCUCAUUUAGUUGAGUCUGACUUGAGCUUAGUCGAUUAGAUUUUUUUGCUCAACCCAUGCCUCAGAAUCACAGCCCUACUGGCCCGUUUUGUGUACCUUA